AUGAGCGGGCAGCGCGUGGACGUCAAGGUGGUGAUGUUGGGCAAGGAGUACGUGGGCAAGACGAGCCUGGUGGAGCGAUACGUGCACGACCGCUUCCUGGUGGGGCCUUAUCAGAAUACCAUAGGGGCCGCCUUCGUAGCCAAGGUGAUGUCCGUCGGAGACCGGACGGUGACUUUGGGUAUUUGGGACACAGCAGGCUCUGAGCGCUAUGAGGCCAUGAGCCGAAUCUACUAUCGGGGCGCCAAGGCUGCCAUCGUCUGCUAUGACCUGACGGACAGCAGCAGCUUUGAACGGGCAAAGUUCUGGGUGAAGGAGCUGCGCAACCUAGAGGAGGGCUGUCAGAUCUACUUGUGUGGCACCAAGAGUGACCUGCUGGAGGAGGACAGGCGGCGGCGACGGGUGGACUUCCACGACGUUCAGGACUAUGCAGACAAUAUCAAAGCUCAGCUCUUUGAAACAUCCAGCAAGACAGGCCAGAGUGUGGACGAGCUCUUCCAGAAAGUGGCAGAGGAUUACGUCAGUGUGGCCGCCUUCCAGGUGAUGACAGAGGACAAGGGCGUGGACCUGGGCCAGAAGGCAAACCCCUACUUCUACAGCUGUUGUCAUCACUGA